CACAAUACACAAAAUUUCAUAUAUAGUGUUCGUCGAGUUUUCAUCAAGAAAUUAUCAUGUUGGCGAAAAUUAUAAUUGUGUUUACAUUGUUGUGCGUCAGCGUACAUCUUAUUCAAGGUGCUCUCAACUGUCCCGAAAACGAAUUUUCUGGUUGUGAACCGUGUGGAGGGCAGGCCACAUGUCAAAAUCGCAAUCCUGGAGAAGGAAAAGCUUGUAUUCUGCGAUGUACAGCGUCGUGCGUGUGUAAUAAUGGAUUCAUCAGACGUCAAACCAGUGGAAAAUGUAUUCCAAUCAAUGAUUGUUAAACUGUUGGAAUAAACAUUAUACCCCAUUAA